AUCAUCCACUCACUGAUAGUCACUCGCACACAGACAUGCUCACGUACACUCAUACUCACACAUCCACUCACACACAUAAAAUCAUACGUUCAUUCACACUUGCACAUGAACAUACACCUAUCGACUCACAGUCAUUCCCACACGAACACACUCACACAUUCAGUCACCCAUAGGAGCACAUUCUCACACUCCUUCACACGAAUGAGCACACUCACAUUAACAUGCGUAUAUGCACAAACAUGCUCACACAUUAACUCACACGUAGAUGCACUCAUGUCCAAUCACAGGACACUGACACUUUCAUGCAAACUAAGAUGUUAACAUUGUCACCAACAUGAACGUGUUCUCACACACAAAACUGCUCCUCCAUUUACUCACACACGAACAUGUUCAUAUGUUAAUCCACACAUGAAUACAGUCACAUAGUCACAUUCUGAAUGUACACAUAUUAACACACAUUUCAGUACAAUUACACAUAUACUAACAUGUUCAUUCCACAGAUACCCAUAUUCACACAUUCACUGAAUGAACACAUUCACACUUUAACAUACUCAAACACAGAAAACCUUACACACUUAUUGACACAAAGGAAAAUGUUCACAUAAAUGCACAUCCUUAUAUUCGAUCACACACACAAAGCUGCUCAGACACUCAUGAGCACAAGCAGACAUUAACAUGAUCAAACAAACAUAUUGACAUAUUCACUCACAUGAACUUGCUCAGAGAUUAAUUCGCAUAUACAGACACACCCCACACACACUUACAACUUCACUUAAAAUUAUACAUCGUGCUCACAUACAUAAACUUGCUUACACAUUCAGUUGCACACAGGAAAAAUAAUUAUACAUCAAUACCUUCACACACACCAGCUUUUUCAUACCUUAAUUAGUUCAUGUGAAUAUGCUCCCUUACAUGCACAUGCUCACACACCUAGAUAUGAAUGAGCACACAAAUUCAUUUAAACACACACAAAAACUUUCACACUUGCACAUUAACAUGCCCAAAACACAAACGUGUUCAGACUUUCAUUUACAUAUGUUCAUGCUCAAACACACAAAUAUACUCAGACAUUCACCCACACAUGAACAUACCUAAACAUUAACAUUCCCAGACACACAAACGUGCUCACGUUAUCUCACUAACAAGUGGACACUCCCACUUUCACUCACAUUCGCACAUAAACACACACACACAUUCUCAUGGACUUACAUACGGACAUGACUGCACACUCACACACAGUCACUCCCUACGGGCACUCACACACAUUCACACAUGGACAUGCUUUCACCUUUAUUUAAAAAAUAACAUUCACACAUACACAUCACUCAUGCAUGAACAAGUUCACACACAUGAACACGUUCACAUAUUCACACAGCUACGUGCUCAUAAACACACAUGCUCUCAUGUUUAUUUAAAAAACAGCAUUCACGCACACCCCAAAAACACUCAUGCACAGACAUGGACACGAUCAGACUUUCACAUAUAGACAGGAUCAUAUUCACACACACAAUCUCUCACAUUCAAACUCACAUACACUCACAUACUCACAGUUGCACAUAGACAUGCUCACAUUAUCACUUCCACACAAAUGAAUGCACUUUUAAUCACAAACAUAAUCACAUUGACUCACAGAAAAGAAUACACACAUUAACAUGCCCCUACACAAAAGUAUGUUUACAUAUUCAUUAACACACACAUGUUCCUGUAUUCACUUAAACUUGCAUUUUAAUAAUAUGCCCCAUAUAUAUGUGUGUGUGUGUGUGUGUGUAUAUAUAUAUAUAUAUAUGCUCAUGCAUUUACUGACAUAAACAUUUUUGUACAUUUACUCCGACACAAAUGUACAAAAAGACAAAUACAAAGCAUGCAUUCACUCACAUUCCUGAACAUACCUGAUAUGCUUCUACAUUCAUUCAAACACGGGAACAUGAUCACAUGUAUAUACUUACACAGUCAUUUGCACACAAACAUGAACAUGUUCACAUAUGCACACAGUGAACCUGCUCAUAAACUCACAGGUACCCUCAUUAACACAGUCAUGUACAUGCAUCUGAUCAACAUUCUCACAUACACAUACACUCAUGCAUUGACUCAGAAAUAGAUGCACACAUUAACAAGCUCACAAAAAUGAAUACGGUUACACAUUCACUCACAGAUGAACAUGCUACCAUCAUGCACAUGCUUACAAAUUCACUCAUACACGUGAACACACAGAAACACACAUUACCACACUGACAUGUGAACAGGCUCCAUUCACUCUUAAACACAGACAUGAUCACAUACAUCCACAAGUUACACAUUCACUCAUAUGAACGUGCUCACAGACUUACUCCCAUUCCUAGAUAGACUGACAUAUGCACACAUUCGUUCCAAUACAAAUAUACUCAAUUUAACGUGGUUAUGCACUCACUCACCCACCCGAAUAUGCCUCACGUAUACGGUGUCACUCAUACAUUUACUUACGUGCAUCAGCCUACUCAUCCUUAAGAUGUUCACACCCUCACAUGCACAAACACUAACCUGUUAAAAUGUCCAAAUUCUUUUUUUCUCUCUCUACUGGUAGGUUUUUUACUAUUGCUGACAUAUUAACUAUACAGUUUUUAAUGACUCUGCCCCUAUUGGCACCAGCCACCUCCAGAUGGAAAUCAGGGAACAAUUCACCCUGUGCAGCAGAGUGCCUCUAUAUGGGGACAUUUUAGUUUUGCUGGCAGUGGUAAAAUUAAAAGUAUCGGAUAUGCUUGGACAUAAAGGGUAAUUGGGGACUCCAAGGUCCUGGAAGGAAAGUGGGGAAGGUCUCAAACUCUAGAAGCUGGGUCUUGAAACUUCAUUGAAUCGCAGGCAUGUCAAUCCUCGCCUUUCAGCCAAUGAGUUUAGAGCUCCCUAUGCGGGGUGGGGGGGCGAUGGGGGGAAGCAGUUCUCUGUUUACCCUUCGAAGUUGUGGCUCCCGUCAACUGCCUAUCAGAUUAUUUCCCGCCUUGUCCAAUGGCCUCCCAGGCACAGUUAUGGUUGGCUGCUCCUCGGGCCCCUCCCCCCGACCCUUCCUGUCACGAGUCCUCCAAAGGCCACCAUCACAGACUGUUCCGCUGUCUGCCGCCAUCUUCUCUGCCUCCCACCACCCCCACCCCCCUCACCCGCCCCCUCCCAGCAGGCUCUGCUGCCAGCAGCGACGCUUAGCUCGGCAGCAGCCAUUUUUGCCAACUAGGUCUAGCAGCUGGAUCGCUUCUCUGGUUGAGGCACGGACUGGUGCGUCUUUCCUGCCAUCUCUGCCACAGAAAUGCAGGGCUCAGCCACAGGUGGUCAGAACAGAGCAGGUAGUGGCAUGGCCAGCAUCCCUGGCCCAGUCCCAGGAGGAGCGGUGCGGGAAGAACGGCGUGGCAGGGGUCGCAGUGUCGCCGCCCAUAGGGAUUUACAGGCGGUAGUGCGAGCCCUUUGGGAAGAGCAGGGCGCCCAGCCCAUAGUCCAGGAGGACUGGGGUGUAAAGCUGGUAGAAGAGCAGGAAGAGGCAGAAGAGGAGGAGGAGGAAGUGGAGGAGGCGGAGGAGGCUGAAGAGGACGAGGAGAAGAAAGAAGAGGCGGAGGAGGGAGACAGAGACAAGGAAGAGGACAAGAAUUAUGUGGACAAAGAGGAGGAGGAGGAGGACGGUGAGGAGGGCGCAGAAGUGGUCGUGGGUAUCUAUCCUCCCGAGGGCAGAGAACUAGAUUCUGCUGCUGAUGUUAAAUCGGGAAAUGUUGUCCACCACCUUGUGAUGCUAAAGUCCGUAUCAUUCGACACUAAAGAAGAGAGUGAACAUCGGUAUGAAAAUGCUGAUGAAGAGAAAGAGGAUGGAAAUGAGAAACCAGAAGAAGGACCCAAGCUGGAUAUGGUCUCAGCAGAGGGCAGCUCUGGAGAAUACAGUUGGAAGGCAUAAAAAGAAGUGGACAGCGAAAGAAAAGAUGAAUUUGUUCUUCACGGAUAUUCUAGUUUUCAUUAGCCCACAAUACAAAUGUUGUUUCAAAAUUCAACAUCCCAAAAUGAUAUUAACUGACAUCUGACUUUAUUCUUACCUUUGACAGAUAAAUUUGACAGUAUUGUUCACAUUGAAAAUAAAAGCUUGUUUGACAUGAAUAA